AUGAACCCUAAGCUGCUCAGAAUCAGUGAGCCACAGAUCCGAAAGAUCAUGCCCACCUUGGUGUCGAUCUGUGGUGGUGCAGAGCAAGCCGCCUAUGCGGUGGUCUGGCGACCCGAACUCUUGGAGCUGGAGGCUGCAUCGUCUCUAAGAGAAUCCCUGCAGGCGGCCUCCAGCUUCUUUGGCAACCUAAAGGAUGCCCUGUUUCUUCUGGGCCAAACUACUGCACCACCGUCAGUGAAAGUCAUCGCACGACAGUUCUGCCGGGAAUAUGUGGUGGGUGAGUACUUCCUGAUGGACGGUGCAUCGGUGGACGAUCGGCCCGUGUGGUGUAAGCCGGCGGUGCAGAUGAAGAGCUUAGGAUCCCGCGCACGGGAUGUUUAUCUGAUCUACUGUCAGAAAGGGGUGGUUGGACUGGAUACAAUGCAUCCAUGCUGGACUUUCACCACCAACUACAGUCCAUCGCUGAAGAAGUACGACUACUGCGACCCCCAAAUCCUGGGCUGGGCAGAAACCUCGGUGAAGUCCCCGGACCAGGUGCUGCCGGGCGACUGGCACUUCCCAGCCGAGGCUCACAAGACGCAGGUGCCGGGCUUGUGGCCGGCAGAUCCAUACGUCCGAAGCGAAGACGGGGGGCAACAGCGACCCGUGUGGCUGUGCACCCACCCUCCGCGACAGCUGCGGGAUACCUUUGAUAUGUUGAGAUUUGCCACGGGCCUGGUUUGGCUGACCCGCGAGAGCGAAAAUGUCGAGUUGUUGGGACAUGUGGUGAAAAACGACCCUGUGUACUCAGGUUCCUCCAAGAUCAGUUUCUUGGACUGCGCAGACUUCGCGCACAUCCGCCGCUGGAGCUACUUGCGCUUGCCGCACACCACAGCGAGCGGCACAGUGGUGAAGUUGCGAGCUUGGGAACCCAUCGAGAUUUGCAUGCUCUUUUGCAUGGAUGACACCAAUCAGUUGGAAGCGGGCGAGGUGGAGCUGCUUCAGAAAGCCGACUUCCGUGCGAUGCCCGAGGGCUCCAUAGCCAAGAGCUUUCCCACGCUGCACGGGGCCACAGCACCGGUCUCCAAGGUGGUCUGGGCCAGGACCUUUGCCAGUGGUAUGUUGGAAUUUCCGGUGCCUGUGGGGCCUCAAGGCUUGCCCAUGAUGUUCAUCCGCGCGCACAUCGCGGCGCACGUGCUGGGCACGAGGCCUUGUCACGAGGUGCGUUUGCUGGCAGGUGAAGAUAUCUACCUCUCAGAUCCUGACAUCGCCAAAGACCCUAUGGACGCCACGGCCCUUCCGAAGCCCAAACCAGUGAUGUAUCACUUCGUCUCCCCCGGCGAACUGGGCUACACGGGCUAUAGCCUCUUCAAGGGUCCAGCAGCUUCCCAACACUGCGGGAGCUCACAAGUGCAGAUGCGUUUGGAGUCGAUGGAAGUCUUGUCAGUAGCAAUGCUGCUGUUCCCGUUGCCCAAGAUGGAAGUGGAACAACUGGAGGAACCCAUCGCUGCGCCCAAGGCAGAUGCAAAGAAGCGUCCCAGCAAGUCCUCGCGGCAGGGCUCGAAAGCUUCGUCGCCACCGGAGGCACCGGUGGUCCCGGCCACCACCCAGGAGGCGCAGGCUGCGGAGGCGGAGGCUCCGGCUUGGAUCCAUGCCAGUGGCUGGCAGGAUCUGCCGCAGAAGCUGCACGCCUCCGUGCGCGCGAGCCCGGAAAGUGAGAAGAUCACCUGCAUCCAGGUCUUCACCAAAACCGUGCAGUCGGGAGAGGUCUUGGAAGUCCCUGGCUGCGGCCCAGACUUCUUCGCCCUUUUCCUCUUCAAACAACUUUCACCACAGCGUCCUGAUUUGCUGAGACACCUCAUCAUGCGGGAGCCCAACUUGUUGACAUCAGGGCAGCAGUUUGGUUUCUUUUUCUCUCAUCUUCGAGAAGAGCUGGGAGAUGUGUUGGCUCAGCGCAUCCUUUGCCAAGAUCUCACCAGCAUCAUUCCGCCUGGUCCACGGGGCUCGCUGCGCUGUCAAGCCCCAGCCACGAUUUGGCCCAAGCUGUGUCAACAUGGGACGGAAGAAGAGAUCAAGCAGUGGAUCUACGAACGCAAAGUGGAGAUUCUGGCGCAAGAAACUGGGGCCGAAUCUGCCUGUCGCAUCCUGGCCUCCAGCACGGCUGCUGCCAUCGCCGCGCCGCAACUGCAGCAGCGCUGCGCCACGCUGCGCGCGCUGCUGCCCACGGAGGAGCUGGGCCCAGUUCUCGAGGCCGCCGCGGAGCUGCUGCAGAUGGAAGCGCACAGCUUGCAAGGUAGCUUCGAUACCAUCCAAGAGCAUUUGGGAUCAGAUGAAGCCUUUAAGCUUUGCGCCAUUGCCAUGGCGGAGUUGACAAUUGAUGAUUUCGACUGCGCGAAACAUGUCAUGUUCUUUAAGAAAUGCGCUAAAUCGCUUCCUGAGCAGUACAAGACAAUGGACACCAAUCGAUUGACAUUGCUCUAUUUCAGCAUUUCUGGGCUUGAUCUGCUGGGGAAGCUGGAUGAGAUUUCGGCUGAAGCGACCAUCGAAUACAUCUAUUCCUUCCAGUCUCCCUUCGAUGGCCACGGGGGCUUCUACGGCUACCCCAAGGUUGACUUUGAAAGUCCAGAAUUGGACAAGGUAAACAACCAGCCCCAUAUUGCCAACACAUACGUGGCUCUGGUGAUGCUUCUCAUUCUGGGAGACGACCUAAGCCGUGUCCGCCGGGAGGCAGUGGCUGAAUCAUUGCGGAAAUGGCAACUGGAGGAUGGAAGCUUUUGCUGCGUCAACUGUUUGUCGAGUUUGGACAGUGAGAGUGACAUCCGUUUCGUCUACUGCGCGGCCAGUAUUUGCUACAUCUUAGACCUUUGGCACGCCAUCGACCUGGAGCGAAUGCUGCAGUUCAUCCAUGGCUCACAGAGCUACGACGGCGCCUUUGGCAUGGCGCCUUCCACGGAGUCCCACGGCGGCUGCAGCUACUGUGCCGUGGCCGCCUUGGCGAUGAUGGGACGCUUGGACCAGUGCCCCAGGAGGGAGGAAUUGCUGAGAUGGUGUGCCUCGCGACAGGUGUCAGGUUUUCAAGGACGAAUCGAGAAGGACCCAGACAGUUGCUACUCCUUCUGGGUGGGUGGAAGCCUUCAGUUGCUGGGAGCUUCCGACAUCUUGGAGCGCCAAAGUUGCGCUCGCUUCCUGUUGAGCUGCGAAUCCAAGAUGGGAGGAUUUCAGAAGUUUCCGGAAGCUCCAUUUCCAGAUAUUUUGCAUUCCUACUUCUCCAUUUGCGGCCUCAGCCUUUGUGGUUUGCUGCCCCCGUUGGAUGCCAUGCUGGGCAUGUCUCUGGCCGCGCGUCGCCGCGCCGAAGCCCGAGGGCUCCUGCCGGGCACCGCGACGUCGACGACGGCGACGACGGCGACGACGGUCUCUGGGGCCGCGGAGGGCACGUCGUGGCGCCGCUGGCUGCUGCUGGCACUGCUGGUCUUGGCGAUUUCAGCAUGGCUUGGGGCGCAAUGAAAAAAACUGGCAAAAAA